GGUGCUGGAGCGGGGGAGCUCCCUCGAAGGGAGGAAGAUGGGGUCCUGCGCCGGCAAGUUGCGGCGGCUGCUGCUGCUGCUGGCGCUCGUCUUCCAGCCCUGGGAUCCCUGCCUGGGUACAAACUCCGAGAAGUCUUUCAGCAUCCCCACAGAUAAAUUAUUAGUCAUAACAGUAGCAACAAAAGAAACUGAUGGAUUCUAUCGAUUUAUGCAGUCAGCCAAAUACUUCAAUUACACUGUGAAGGUCCUUGGUCAAGGAGAAGAGUGGAGAGGUGGUGCUGGAAUUAAUAAUAUUGGAGGGGGCCAAAAAGUGAGAUUAAUGAAAGAAGUCAUGGAGCAUUAUGCCAAUCAAGAAGAUUUGAUUGUCUUGUUUACUGAAUGCUUUGAUGUCAUAUUUGCUGGUGGUCCAGAAGAAGUUCUAAAAAAGUUCCAAAAGGCAAACCACAAAGUAGUCUUUGCAGCAGAUGGAAUCCUAUGGCCAGAUAAAAGACUUGCAGACAAGUAUCCCAUUGUGCACAUUGGGAAACGCUAUCUGAAUUCAGGAGGGUUUAUUGGUUAUGCUCCAUAUAUCAACCGUAUAGUCCAACAGUGGAAUCUCCAGGAUAAUGAUGAUGAUCAGCUAUUUUACACUAAAAUUUACAUUGAUCCACUGAAGAGGGAAGCUAUUAAUAUUACUUUGGAUCACAAAUGCAAAAUUUUCCAAACCUUAAAUGGAGCUGUAGAUGAAGUUGUUUUGAAAUUUGAAAAUGGCAAAGCCAGGGCUAAAAAUGUAUUUUAUGAAACAUUACCAGUGGCAAUUAAUGGAAAUGGACCCACCAAGAUUCUUCUGAAUUAUUUUGGAAACUAUGUACCUAAUGCAUGGACCCAGGAUAAUGGCUGCACUUUUUGUAAUUUGGAUACAAUUGACUUGUCUGAAGUAGAUGUCUAUCCAAAUGUAACAAUAGGUGUUUUCAUUGAGCAACCAACCCCUUUUCUACCUCGAUUUCUGGACAGACUGUUGGUACUGGAUUACCCAAAAAAAGCACUUAAACUCUUUAUUCAUAACAAAGAAGUUUAUCAUGAAAAGGACAUCAAGACAUUUUUUGAUAAAGCUAAACAUGAAAUCAGUUCUAUAAAAAUAGUAGGACCAGAAGAAAAUCUAAGUCAAGCGGAAGCCAGAAACAUGGGAAUGGAUUUUUGCCGUCAGGAUGAAAACUGUGAAUAUUACUUUAGUGUGGAUGCAGAUGUUGUUUUGACAAAUGCAAGGACUUUAAAAAUUUUGAUUGAACAAAACAGAAAGAUCAUUGCUCCUCUUGUAACUCGUCAUGGAAAGCUGUGGUCCAACUUCUGGGGAGCACUGAGUCCUGAUGGAUAUUAUGCUCGAUCUGAAGAUUAUGUGGAUAUUGUUCAAGGGAAUAGAGUAGGGAUAUGGAAUGUCCCAUACAUGGCUAACGUGUACUUAAUUAAAGGCAAGACACUGCGAUCAGAGAUGAGUGAAAGGAAUUAUUUUGUUCGUGAUAAAUUGGAUCCUGAUAUGGCUCUUUGCCGAAAUGCUAGAGAAAUGACUUUACAAAGGGAAAAAGACUCCCCUACUCCGGAAACAUUCCAAAUGCUCAGCCCCCCAAAGGGUAUGUUUAUGUACAUUUCUAAUAGACAUGAAUUUGGAAGACUGUUAUCAACUGCUAAUUAUAAUACUUCCCAUUAUAACAAUGACCUCUGGCAGAUUUUUGAAAAUCCUGUGGAUUGGAAGGACAAGUAUAUAAACCGUGAUUAUCCAAAGAUUUUCACUGAAAAUAUUGUUGAACAGCCUUGUCCAGAUGUCUUUUGGUUUCCCAUAUUUUCUGAAAAAGCAUGUGAUGAAUUAGUGGAAGAAAUGGAGAACUAUGGCAAGUGGUCUGGGGGAAAACAUCAUGAUAGCCGUAUAUCUGGUGGUUAUGAAAAUGUCCCAACUGAUGAUAUCCACAUGAAGCAAAUUGAUCUGGAGACUGUAUGGCUUCAUUUUAUCCGGGAGUUUAUUGCACCAGUUACACUGAAGGUCUUUGCAGGGUAUUAUACGAAGGGUUUCGCGCUAUUGAAUUUUGUAGUAAAAUACUCCCCUGAUAGACAGCGUUCUCUUCGUCCUCACCACGAUGCCUCCACGUUUACCAUAAAUAUUGCACUUAAUAAUGUGGGAGAAGAUUUUCAGGGAGGUGGCUGCAAAUUUCUGAGGUACAAUUGCUCUAUUGAAUCACCACGAAAAGGCUGGAGCUUCAUGCAUCCAGGGAGACUCACACAUUUGCAUGAAGGGCUUCCUGUUAAAAAUGGAACUAGAUACAUUGCAGUGUCAUUUAUAGAUCCCUAAGCUUUUUACUUUUCUUGGAAUUGAAUUUUCUUUGGGAAUGAAUGACGGACAUGAAUAUAUCUUUGAAGUUGUGCUUGAGAAGAUGAGAGGAAUAUUUAAAUAACUUCAACAGAACAACUUCAUUUUGGGCCAAACAUUUAGAAAAACUUUUUGUAAAAAAAUUGUUUGAUAUUUCUUAUUGUCUGCUCUGAGCCUUAAAACACAGAUUGAAGAAGAAAAGAAAGGACAAAAGUUAAAGUAAAUAUUUAUUUCUGUGCCUUAUUGUCUCUAAGAAUAAUGAUAAUUUUUUUUUAAUUUUGUGUUUCAGUUGAUGAAAUAUUCAGGUACAAAUGUACAAGUGAUAAAUAAUAUUUUCUUAUUUAACAAAAUUCUGGGAAGUAUGGUAUUUAAUAACAUAUAGAUAAAUUGAUAUAAAUGAAAAUUGACAAUUUCCAAUCGGAAAACCAGGCUUCUAACUGAAUAUGAUGCAAUUGAUUGAUUGAUUGUGUAAGAUUUUUUUUUUGCCUACCUAUGCAGGUAGCUUUUUAAUAAUUACUGAGGGAAUACAAGGAACAAUCUUACACAUCAUAUUUUUCCCAAGAAACAGUAAAACACAAUAUACACACAUGUCCAGUUGAAAGCAUUUUGUUUAGAUAUUUAGACACUUUUUUUUUUUUACAUUUGUAGUAGAAAUCAAGCCCUGUGUUUCUCAGAUUAAUGUUCCAAUGUAUAUGCUAUUAAGUAGAUAUUAGAUUUAGGAAAGCUUUCAAAUCUUUUCCUUUUCUUAAAGUUUAUCAAGUAUCUACCUAAGAUCAGCAAAUGUCCUUAAGUCAAAACAGAUUUUGCUUAGCUUUUCAAUUCUAGAAAAUAAUGAGGAGAAAGAAAAUUUUGCAGUAACAUUUUAUGAUUUAAAAAUACAUUUUAAGUACUUGAAUUUUAUAUCAGGAAAAUAAAGUUGGUGAGCCUUUCUACUUCCUUUUUGCAUUUUGUCUCCUUAUUCUUUUUUUAGGCAGAAUUACUCACUUUGAUUUCUUUCUAGUACAGUGUUCAUUUUAUCUUUCUUUUUAAUAGCUCCCCUCUAUCUUUCCAAAAUUUCCCCAACACACAACAUUGUUGGACUCUUUUUUUUGUUUUUUUUUUUUUUGCCAUUUCUCCGAGUAAGGUUUAAGUAUCUUUAUUGUAGCUGCUGUUUUUAAUUUAAAGGUUAAACUUGAAAUAAAGUUCUAAGCCAUGGUGCCAAAAUUCACUUUCUAACACUGUGUGUUAGAAAAUUAUGAAAAAUAAAGUAAUUUAAAUA